CUAUACAACGAUGAUUGCCCAAAAAUACAGUCUUACGGCCAUCCUGGGCUAUAUAUGCCUGGCAGGAGCCUGUCAUAUUGCGUUGGCGGUAAAUCCACCAGAAGGCACAGCACACGUAGCAAUGAACCACUCAAACGGGCAUCCUGGUUACACUCCAGUUAUAGGAGCUAACGAUGAAAAUCAUGAAGUACCCAAGAAAAAACAAGGAGAUAAAGCUAUGCUGAAAACACAAACCAUGAUGAGAAACCGCAUGGAAAAUGAACACUUAACAGGAAUGAAAGUUAUAGAAGGAUUCUGCAUGGAUGGAAUGCAUUGCUGGCCACUGCAAGUAUUCGCAUUCACCAUGCUAGCAGUACAUAUCAUCUGCUGCUUCGCUGCAUUCUACGUCUCAGCCAACCUAUACUCAAGUGGACUAUACAGCUCAGCAUUCUACCAAAAUGGAGGAGCGGUGAUGAUAGUGAUGGCCCUGCUCGGAACUGGUGUCGGUUUAAUUGCAGCACGACUAUGUGAAUUCGACGUCAUGAAAACCGCUGCAUUCACUGGCCCCGUGGUAUCGGUAUUUGUAUCGAUAGUAUUGAUUGGUAAACGUGGGAUGGCCUUAGGAGGACUUGGAGGUCUCUGCGCAGGUAUACCCAUCGGAGCCAUGCUUGAACACAAUGGAGUCGGCAUAUCGCUCGGAGCUAUUGUAGGAUUACUAGUCGGUGGAAUAAUAGGCAUAUGCCCAUUCUUCCACUGGCUAGAAAUGAACCAACGCUAUAUGAACAAACAACAUGAGUUUGGAAGCUUCGCUGAGCCGGGAUCAUUCUCUAGUGAAUAUAGUAAUGGGUACCAAAAAGUUACACAAAUGCAUUCAUCAGACUAUCGAUAAAUGACUCGUUCGAACAAGAAGUUGAAUACUAACGUAUAUUAAAUGUAAACGCCUACAUGUAUAAUUACCUAUUACACAGC